AUGGCAGACGAUACGGAGCUCAACGAGGGAGAGGUCUCAGAUGCAAUGUCUGAGUACGACGAACACGACGCCCACGUCAAAGACGACGACGACAAGAUGACCGACCACCAAAACACGUCACCUGAUACCGGCCAGGAGGGCACUGGCGAGGUCAAGAAGAAACUCGACCCCAAAGACCCGCUGCGGCCACGGCGUAAAAAGGCGCGGAGAGCCUGCUACGCCUGCCAACGUGCCCAUUUGACAUGUGGCGACGAGCGGCCAUGCCAGAGGUGUAUAAAGCGCGGCCUUGCCGAGCAGUGCCAGGACGGCGUAAGGAAAAAGGCAAAGUAUCUUCAUGAUGCACCCCCUGAGGCCCUUGGCCCGGUCCUCGGGCCAAGUUACAGCGCGCACUCACACACAUCGCGGCCGAACCCACACCGCCAGCCGUCGAGCGUCGCUUCUGAGGCGUCGUCAAACGCCACCGCGACGGCCUUCUUCUCCCAGCCCGGCGCCGCGUCGACAUAUGGCGUUUUCUCUCCAACGCAGCAGACCCAGGUGUCCUCCCUCACAGACGGCAUCUCAUUCUCCAGCCAGCAGAGUCCCGUGUCCCCGACAUUUCAGGAGUCAUCUGCUGCCCAGAUGGGCAGUCUGACGGUGCCACAGGUAUCUGGUGACAUCACUAGCUUUUCACCUGCCUUGUUUGACCCCAGUAACCCUGCAUUAUACAACUUCAACCUCGAGGGGUUGAAUUUCGGGAGCCAGUACGGUGCCAUGGAGUUCAGCAUGCUCGGCCACAUGUCCUCGGGAGCCGCUGAGACCCCGCCCAGGGACCCGUCGAUAUCACAGCCCGGAGCAGGCGACAUCACGUUCGGACCUGCCAUUUUCGGCAGUAACAACAACGGCGUGGGCUUUGACAAGAUCUACGACGCCAACGUGAUGGGCGACUUCCUCGGAUUGGAGCAGUCUUCGGGUGGGCCCUACUCCCAGGGGAACCUGCAGCACGGCUUGCCGCACGCCUACGCCAUCGCAGCCGGGCCCGGCAGCCUCCAGAGUCCCAGCACGGAGAACAAUAGCCCGCAGCCCACGACGGUCGGCUUCGACGGCUCUCCGACAGCGGCCGCCUAUGCGAACACUGGAGGGAACUCGGUGCCACACGCCGUAGGCCCGACGCAACCCCCGCGGCCCAAGCCAAAGGCGUCAUCGGCGGCGGUGGCGGCGUGGUUCGGGCCGCAGACGGCCAUGGGGAAGCGAUACAGGGACUCAUCGCGGAUCUAUGAGAACGUCACGGAACCAUACAUGUACGUUCGUGGCUUCCACAAACUCAUUGCGCUGCUACAGAGGCGGCUGUCGGCGAGCAAAAUCUUGCGCGUGGCGAAGUCCCUGGCAAGUAUACGGCCGUCCUUCAUCGCGUGUACGAGGACGCUGAGCCGGGCAGACCUGAUCUUUAUGGAGAAGUCGUUUCAGCGCUCCCUGUUUGAGUUUGGGGAGUUUCUGGAGCAGACGUCGAGCCCCACGGUGCUGUGCCGGCGGACGGGCGAGGUGGUGGCUGUGAACAAGGAGUUUACGGCCCUGACGGGCUGGAGGAAGGAAGUUCUCCUUGGUAAAGAGCCCAAUCUAAACGUGAACACAGGGAACCCCAACAACCCGGACCCGGCGGCUGGCGGCAACAACAGCUCUGGCCGGACUGGCCUGUCGACGCCCCGACUGAGGACGCUGAAUGCGCAUCAGUCGGCGGCGGCGGCGGGUACAGACUCGGCCAAGACGGCGGCGGCGGCUGUCCAGGGACAGCCGGCGGACUCUGGGCCACAGCCGCUGUUCAUCGCUGAACUUAUGGACGACGACAGCGUCAUACAGUUCUACGAAGACUUUGCCCAGCUGGCCUUCGAGAACAGCCGCGGCCGCGUCACCCGCAAGACCCGGCUGUUCAAGUACCGCACCCAAGCCCCCUCGGUCGACGUGACGACCAAGCCCGAGCCGCAGCAACAACAACAGCAACAGCAGCCACAACCCAGUCCCUCAAAGGAGCCGCGGCAGAGCAUUCUCAGCAAUAGGGUGGCUCGCAUAGAUGGUGAGCACGGCAUAUCCAAGAUUGCCAAGGACGGUAAGCUGGAGUGUUCGUACUGCUGGCACAUUCGACGGGAUACCUUCGACAUACCCAUGAUGAUCGUUAUGAAUUACGAUUCUGACUGGAUGCGUGUACUUGGCAGUUCCUUCCUUGCUAUUACCCUAAUCAAGAACCCCAUCAGCUUGCCGUUUGACCCAGAAAGGCCAAAGGGUACAUAG